AUGCCCAAGGGAUCUCGUGGCAAAUCGUCUGCCACGCCCGGUACGCGCAAAAAGCAUGCCGCUGCUGCUGCUGCGAAACGAGGCGAAUCUGAGCCUACUUUGACGCUAAAGACAGGCAAGAGCAGCGAGAGAAAAAAGUUGUCCAAGAAAGAGCGGAAGCAGCUUGCCAAGAAAAAAGCAUAUGUGCCUCCCCCUAAGCCACCCAAGCCACCGCCGUUCCCCUUGGAUUCUAUGGGAUUGGCUAGUUUGCUCCCUGCUGACCUUGUUGUUCUUCUUAGAAAGGCACUGAAAAGGGACAUAGUAACGCGUGUGCGUACAAUGGAAUCCCUUCUCGCCUGGAUCCAGGGCGCUCCGCCUCAGAUGGAUGACGGCGCUCCGUAUGAAUUGCUUUCGGUUGAGGAGCGCUGUGAGGCACUUGCGCUUAUGCUUCCGUGCUGGUCACAUUUAUUUCCGCGCCUCGCGCUAUCGCCUUCACAACGUGUGCGACUAUUGACACUCCAAGUUCACGCCGCAUUGCUUGAGUUUCCCACGCCCAGUCCAGACUCGUCUUGUAUCCGUGAUGAACUGCUAUCGUCUACUUACAUGGACUCGAUCAUUGGUUUCUGGGCUGUGCUGAGCUACGACACCAGUCGCACCGUCGGUCGGCUUGGUCUACAGCUUUGGAAGAGAUACGUAACAUGGAAUGAGCCAAACGCACAACCUACAAAAUUGUGUCUGCAAGAAUAUGUACCGCUUGUGCUUGAGCAUUUGCGCCCGAUUCUGCUGACAGAUGCCCCUGUCGCAGCGCUGACGCAGGUAACGCCGUCGCUCCAAAACACGGCGCCAAAAGAAGGAACUGAUAUGAUCGCCAAGACGCGCAGCGAUACGAAUUUAGAGGAAAAUGCUGAUGAAAUGAACAGCAGAUUGGUAGCAGGUGCCCUUGGGAUCAUGCAUGCAUUGAUGGACAUGUCGCAGGACCUCUUACCGGAUCUUGAAGGUUUCCUCGAAUCGACACAAAUGUGGACAGCUCUUUUGCCUGUAGAGUGGCCCGGGGAAACGGACUUUCAUGCCCUUGGUAUUGGGUCGCCUGCUGCUCGACAGCGCGCAUGGAAUGUGCUGUCGUUGCUUUUCCGUCUUGACGGUGCGAUGCUUGAUCGCAACAAAGAAGUGAUUUUGCCGAUGGUCUUGCAUGCAGCAUUUGCUGAACGGGACGCGCCCGUCAUUCUCGACAUGCUCGCGGUGUGCUUACCACUUCUCCGGAAGUAUCCAGGCGCCUGGACCAACGAUUUCGAUAACGACGAGCAUGAAGACAGCGACGAUGAAGAACAAGCAUCCAUGACGCCAUAUGCACAGUUUGUGGCGUGGAUGCAGACGAUUGCGCCCUCGGCACCGGUCACAUGCUUCCCUACCAUUCUUGUGUUUCUCUCAACAAUGCCAGCCGACAUCCUGCCGCACACGCCAGAGUCAGUGUCGUUGAUGAUGGAACCUCUUUUAAGUAUAUCUGAUGGCUUGAUUCAAGGCAUGUCAGAUCCCCAUGCUUGGGAUGCUUAUAUGACAAUGCUGUGUGAGUGUCUGCGCUACCUGGUCAUGCGUGUUAUUCGACAGCCAUCUGUAUCAGCUGAUCAAGUGCAAGUAACGGCGUCAUUGAUGACAGAGGAACUCACUUACAUCUUCGAUCACUUUAUCCUUCACUCCGAGUCUAAAUCAUUGCCUCCUCGCUUGCGCCUCAAGUCAGCACGCGAGUUCGGCAAAUGUUUGCCCACGCUUGAUGUGACUGUUUGCGAGACAAGACUGCUGGCACACACGCUUGAGAAAGUAUCCAGUAUGCUCUCAACCAUUGACCUAGAGGAUGACCUGGCUGCUGUUGUGGAACUGCUUGUCUAUGUGUGUUCUUCAACAGGCGUGAGCGACACGCUCCGUGGCGACGUGCAGCGCAUGAUUCACGCCACUGUCGAGCGAAUGUUAGAUGCUUUCCAGCCGACUUUCUUGCCGCACUUUGCAUCUGUGCUCCAAUCUCCUGCGCAUGAUGCACUCGCUAGUGACACGCACGUAUCGGAGCGUUUGACACUUAUAGCCACGGAUGUGAUUCCCAGUCAUCUGGGAAACGAGGGAGUGUCGGAGAAUGAUGCUGUUUCUUUCUACACAGCAUAUAUGCAAGCAAUGCCUGCGCUGGAUGAGGUAUGGCAGGCUCUGUUUCGUGCUACGUUAGAGACUCCCUUGUCGACCCUACCCAUGUUGGUCCGAGUCGCGCAGGCAGCGGGGCAUCGGCUGCCAGGGGCGCAGGUACUGGAAGAAUGGCGGUUGUCUACGCUUGGCCAACUAGAAUCCGAGCCGCGCGCUUGGCUCCCAUUGCUCGAUGCGCCUGCGUGGCUCCAGUCUCGAGACAUCGAGCUCCGGCUGAUCCGUGCACUCGUUCAGUCUGCUGCGCAUGCCGAGCUUGCGGAACAGGCAGGUCUCUUGCAGAUCCUUGGCUCUUGGGUGGCAAUCGACCCUUCGCAUGCUGCACAGCUGUAUGAAGAUGAGGAGGUCAAAAGACAUGUUGUGCCGCUCUUGUGGCAGGUAGGCUAUCUGCAUGAUCAGGUCGCGACACAAGCUGCACGCCAUAUGUGGAUGCAGCUAACGAACCAACUGGCCGACCGUUCAUCAGCCCUAUAUGCCCAGGCAACGUUGUUUCUGCAGGAAGAACUUGUUGGCGGGUCUAUGCCGCCACGUCGCAUCUUGAAAGCUUCACGUGCACUACCCGCGCCGUACUCAGACCAAGUCCGCUUACAGCCGUCGCACUGGGAAGAGGCUAUGCAAUCUGUGGCUUCAAGUGCGGCAAGUCCGUUUCUUGUCAUUCACGAUCCAAUGGUUCCGAUACAUUCUAGAGUCAGCACUGUGUCGCCGUCCGAAUUCCAACGCCUCGCCCGGUAUGCGGAUGCUUGCAUGGAAAUGAGUGAAGAUGCGAUGUCGUCGAUUGAUGUGCUUCCUCUACUUGCAUUGACCGCGCUCGUGUUAGAAGAUGCUUUGAUCGCUGGCGACACCAAGAUUUGGCUGCAGGUGUACUACUCAUCGAAAACCACCACGGUAAUGGACCGAGGCAUCGCGGAGUCAUUCCUUGUUCGCCUCGUACACACCGUCACGCGACGUCUGUCUAUGCUGGCGUCCGACUUGCCCGCUAGCUGGCAUGAAUCAGCCGCACAGGCUAUGCUGAAUGGCAGCCCGUCUGAUGCACUUACGACCCUAAUGCAUUCAGUGUGGACGCAUGCUAUGGAUUCGGAGUCUGUGGGCUUCGCCCGGCUUUUUGCGCGACUCCUCGCAGGUAUUCUCUCCCUCAGCUCCGCGUCAACGACAGAUGCAGAGAUGUGGGUCCGGACAGGCAUGCGAAUGAGACCACCACACACGCCUCUCGCGUGCGCGAUACUCAGUGCGACACGAACGCAUGCAUACGAUUCACCGAGCCAUGAGCGCUGGCGAAACGAGAUCGCUGCGAACCUCAGUGGUGUGCCUCCUGCGCGUGCCAAUACUGAUGGUGUGAAUGGCUUGCAAAUGCUCCGCUGCGCUGCUGCGCCAUGGAGCGCAGGACGCGCGCUGAUCCCCACACAACGUGCCGUGUUUGUUCUACAGGGUCUUCAGCGGUGGAUCACUAGCGAUGACGACCUGAGUGAGACGGUCUUCGCUUUGCUUGCUUCGGUGUUGACAGAGUUUGCGCCUGUCGUUCAGAGCGUGCCAGGGCGGCAUCUUGACCUCAUGCUCGAUGUUGUCGAAGAGAACAUGCAUGCAGUUGAUCUGGACGAAGACACUGGCUGGCCGACGCUGUACCUGACGCUAGGCUUGCUCAACACACUUUACGACCUGCGCACGCACGAGCAUGUGCGCGAUACUAUCGAGCAACACGGCCAUGCCCUUCAGGACGCAUUGCGUGAUGCCUUCCUUGGCGCGUGUAUACACGCCUCGGCUUCCCGCGGUACCCCAAAUGACGUGCAAGAUGCGAGUAUGGUGCUUCUGACGGAGCUUGUCGAUAUGCAUGUGCCGUCCAGCCGCUUCGCGAGCCCUGAAGACCAAGAGGUAUUGACGAAACCCGUGUGCACUCCUUCGACGAACCGGCAACUCCAAGUUGCUGCACUUCGGAUGCUUGGCGCUGCUACUCACGAGCGCGUACGCGAGCAAGUCGUCGAGAUUUCGCUCGGAUCACUGUCGACAUCUAGUGCGCCCGAGCUGAAUGCGCCACUGGUAUCGUCGCUGAAGAAAGCGAUAGCUCUCACCCCGGCACUCUGGGAAGAGGUGGAAGAUGACCGCUCAACGGUGUUUUCGUUCCUGCUUCAGUGGCUCGCUGUGCUAGACCACUUUGAUGAGGCAUCGCUUCCUGUGCGCACAAUUUUUGCUGGUGCGCUCCAGACAGACCAUCUGACGCACACGCAGCUUCUCCCCAGCUUGUUUGCUCUCAUUGCUGGCAUGCCACGUGCCAUGGGCGAUAUUCCGGCGUUUGAUGCAUCGCGUUGGGCUGUCGAUCAUGUCGACCUGACGCAGCUGCCACUCACGUCGCCUAAAGGAUUGCAGGCGCUGGCAGCGCAUGUAUACUAUCGAGCCUUGGUGCAUCUUCCCACACAGGUGCGCGACUGGUGGAUGAGUAUCCGUGACCGGCAACUCUCCAUCUUUGUCAACCAUUUCACGUCCAAGUUCUGUACACCCUUGCUCGCUGAGCGAGAGCUCAGUCACCUCCGUGAUCCGACGUCGCUCUCGCGUAUUCAGGAUGAGGCCAUGUCGAUCAAAGUGCUAUCCUCGAACGAAGUCGUCGCUACAUACACGGUCGACGAACACCCGAUGGAAAUUGGCGUUCGUCUGCCCCCUGACUACCCUCUGCAUGGUGUGGAAAUCCGCGAUAUCAAGCGUGUGGGUGUGAGUGAGGCCCAGUGGCGCGCGUGGCUCCUUGCUGUGCAGCAGUUGCUUAGUGGGAAAAACGGGCUUAUCCUCGAUGCACUCAUGCUCUUCAAGAGAAAUGCCGAAGCCAAGUUCCAGGGAUAUGAAGGCGCAGAGUGUGCGAUUUGUUAUUCGAUCAUCAGCCCAACAGAUCAGUCGCUGCCCAACAAGCCGUGCAGGACAUGCAAACACAAGUUCCACGGAAGCUGUCUGUACAAGUGGGUGAGCACAAGUGGUGCAUCUACAUGUCCAUUGUGUCGCUCGAUUCUCUAG